CAAACAAUUUACCAAUACAGUACCUUCCAGUUGGACUGGUGCGUUGUUUCUUGACACUGCGGAGGAGGAUGUUGUUGAUUUACGUGGUGUCGCUGUUUCUUCUUGUUAAGUGUAACUCAAUUGCAGCAAGUCCUAACAUGGGAAGACUAGCCCGUGAUCUGUUCAGCUCCUACAACAAACACAUCCUUCCUGAAGUUCGCCCCGUGGCUGUCCGCAUCUCCCUCUUCAUUGAAAGGAUGAGUGUGGAUGCAGAGAAGCAGCUGUUGUCACUCAGUGUAAGAGUCAUCCUGCAAUGGAUUGAUCACAGGUUGCGUUGGGAUCCUUCUGAAUAUGGCGACAUUACGAAUCUUUAUGAAACUGAGGAUGUAGUGUGGAUACCAGACGUUGGUAUGAUCAGCGCAGCUGAGCCUGAACUGGACAUCAUCAAAUCCUCCAAAGUCCACAUCAGCGUUGACGGCCAGGUCACCAUGUCAAGACAGCGCCGUCUCUUUAGUCUAUGUAACUUCACUCGGAGUCAGAAUGAUACGUACGUAUGCAAGAUUCAGUAUGGCUCCUGGACCUACAGUGACCUUGACAUCGCGGUCAUCCCAGAACCUGCACAAGACAUUCUCCAAAAAUACACGCAGUCUGGGGAUUGGGAAAUCUUCAACGUUACGUACAGCAACACAAGCAAUGAGAACACUGUGUACACUUUACAAAUCAAGAAGCUAAGGAACAUCUCUGGAACAUCUGAAGGCAAGAACAACGACGUAUCGGCUCUACCAUUGGUCUUUCUGGGAUUUAUGGCUCCAUUCCAGUUCCUGAUACCUCUGGAGUCCUCGGAGAGACUAACUGUGGAUGGUUUUCUGUUCCUGACGGGCACUGUGAUAGCAAUAGUGAUAUAUGAUAUUGCCCCAGCCAUGGAUCUACCAAUUGUCGUGGUGUCAUAUUGUAACUUCACUCUGACUGUGGUCUUCCUCUGUCUCAUCCUGUCAAUCGUCAACCUGCAUCUGUGUACAUCCCUCGGGAAGAGACUGGCCGUCCUAGAAUAUCUCAAGAGGGGGUUGUUCUCUGGGGCCAAUCGACUUGUCUUCGUGGCAGUGCCCAAGCUUCGUGACUUCCGAGUAAAGCGACCACACGUCAUUCUCGAGCAUCGUCUGGAAGACAUGUCUCCGAAAGUGCAGAUAACUGAUGCUGACGCUCCACCAGAGGGCGCAGGGGACCGGAAAGAAAAUGCAAAGCUCACUGAGAUAAUAGACAUCCUUGUGCCAAUGGCGGAUGAGCAAGGUUACUGUCAAUACGAGGCUAGAUUCAGACGGGAAUGGUUAACAGUGGGAUUAAUCCUUGAUAGACUUAUGUUCAUAUUCUUCUUAUUGUUAUUUGUUUUUUGUUCAUUUGGAUAUAUACGGUAGACGUUUGUUAUGUGCCACCGUAUGGCAAGAGUUUGCUGUGCGUCGUCAGGAAGCAAACAAACACUUACCUUUUCAGGCAGUUUGUGCGAGUGCUGGGUACCGGUUGGGCAGGACAUGCUUACACUUUUCUCGAAUACGUGAUAUCAUUCACUGGUCAUUCAUUCAUAUAAUGUUCACUGCUAUUUUGCCCUUUAAGCCCAAUGGAAUCUGUAUCGGCAGAUACUCAAGGCUGGCUCUUCUCUGGCUUUGACGUUUUAUAUUUAAGGGAGUUCUUCCCGUACCGAUGUAUUCCUAGAAAACUCAGGGGCACAGGUGGCCCACUCGAAUAAGGCGCCACGAUUCGCUUUGCAGAGUUGCGUCCCUUUGGCAAGCCAGAAAUCUAUUAUUGUGGGUUCGAAUCCCGGUUCGCACCAAUUAUGUUUCUAGGUU